GAGUUGGCCCCGCUCGGGCUGCCUGUGCCCUACUCGGGAGCCCAGGCUACCCUGGCUCCUAGUGACCACCCCAUUCCCACUUUGUCUUCCAGUGGAACGUGACCGUACCCUGGGCCACCAGGAGCCACACUGGAAGGAAUUCCACUUUGACUUGACCCAAAUCCCUACUGGGGAGGCAGUCACAGCCGCUGAGUUCCGCAUAUAUAAAGAGUCCAGCACCCGCCUGCUCAACAGCACCCUCCAUGUCAGCAUGUUUGAGGUGGUCCAGGAGCACUCCAACAGGGAGUCUGACUUGUUGUUUUUGGAUCUUCAGACGCUCCAAGCUGGGGACGAGGGCUGGCUGGUGCUGGACAUCACAGCAGCCGGUGACCACUGGUUGUUGAACCAUAACAAGGACCUGGGACUCCGCCUCGUUUGCCGUCGGCACGAGCUCUACGUCAGCUUCCAGGACAUCGGCUGGCUGCUUACCUUCUCCCACCUGCAGGACUGGGUCAUCGCCCCCCAGGGCUACUCAGCCUACAACUGUGAGGGGGAGUGCGCCUUCCCACUGGACUCCUGCAUGAACGCCACCAACCACGCUAUUCUGCAGUCCCUGGUGCACCUGAUGAAACCAGAUGCCGUCCCCAAGGCGUGCUGUGCACCCACCAAGCUGAGUGCUACCUCUGUGCUCUACUAUGACAGCAGCAACAACGUCAUCCUACGCAAGCACCGCAACAUGGUGGUCAAGGCCUGUGGCUGCCACUGAAACCCUGGCCACCCAUCUGGCCAGGCCCAUUGCCAGAGGCAGGAAACCCUCACUAUCUGUCGUAGCUCAGGCAUGGGCACUGGAAAGCCUUUACUUCCUCUGGCACAUCCUGCUAAACUUUUUGUCCUUUCCCUAGCCCCCCAUCCCCCAUCCCCCACCUCCCGCCUUGGGAUUCGUGGCCUAUUGCCUUCCCCAAACCCCACCCCAAGCACAGGGCAGCUCAGAGCUGACUAAGUUGGCUGGGAUAGCACUGAAAUUCUAUAUGAGGGCCUGAAUUGCUAAAGAAUGGCUCAGAAUGGUCUAAGAAGGCCCUGGAGUCUAAAACUGGCCAACCUGGCUCUUCAGCAGUCACUAUGGGGGUCAGGACAUUUCUGGACAUAACCACACACGUCUUCAGAAUGGUGUGUUACUGCACUCUUCAAAUGCAGGGUCAGCUUGUUAGAAAAAGAACAAUCUGGCUGGGUAUGGUGGCACAUGCCUUUAAGCCCAACACUUGGGAGGCAGAGGCAGAGGAAUCUAUGGGAGAGCGAGGUCAGCCUGGUCUACACAGUGAGUUCUAGGCUAGCUGAGGCUAGAGGGAGACUCCAUCUCAAAAAGACCAAAAAACAAAAAGAAAGAAAGAAAAAAAUAAAUAAAAAUAACAGUGUCUCACAACCUAUGGUGAGGCUGGGAGGGACAUUUUAUGGCAUGCAUCCUGGACCUGCUCUUCUGGAGACGACCGUGACCCGCAGAGAAGCAAAGAACCUUGGGAGUUUCAAGUUCCUCCACCAUUAUUACCAUGCUGACUCUUUGGGGCAGGACCCUGAGGUAAAGUAAACUCUUAGCAGGAGCAAGAGCAACAGCAGCAGUGACUGGUCCAAGCUGGCACACUGUAUGUAACCACUUCAUCCUGUCAACCAUGACCUGCACCAGUGAUCUCCCUAGGGUACACCUUGUGCUGCACCUGGACAGGCCUCUACAUCCCCAGUACAGACCUGCAGACAGUCACCAUCAGCCACUCAGGGGAAAGGAUUUGGCUUUGCUCUUGCUCUCUGAGGAGACAUCAUCCCACCCAGGGCACGGAGACUGGACAGCCCUCUGGCCAGGUGUUGGGCAAAGGGAAGGAGUGUCAGCAUUUGCUUAUGUCUGGGAACUAAGAACAGAUUGGUCACCAAGUUGGCGUCACCCUGGGGGCCCAGCAGCCCCAUCUUCUUUCUGGGGCCUGUGAGUCAAAGAAAAGGCCCCUGUCCCAGGGGACUGACAGGUGGUAAUUAGGCUGAGUUGGGUGGGGAGGUUUGUCCCAGCUUCCCUUUCCCGGAAACCACUGUUCUUCUUGGAGCAGCUGCUGGGAGCCAGAGUGUUUAUUUGAUUUCUGACUUGCUAAGCCUAUAAUUUACCUGCGGGAACAGAGUCUGACUGCCCAAACUGUGUCAUUAAGAGCAGGUCCUGGGCCCAUCCCCAGCUAGGGACACACCCAGCAGAGGUGGACCCACCCAGGUGCUCAGAGAUGCACUUUUCUGGAGUUCACACUCUGUAUCCUUGGGUGGGCCACAGGGAGGGCAGGCCUGGCAACAGGAGCCAUGCUUCAAGACAGCAAUCCCACUGCCUCAACCUGGGAGGGUUUCCUGUGUGAGCCCAGAGGAAGAGACCCUUCCAAGAACACAAAGAAUGGGCCCAGACUGUCUGGAAUGUAAUGAGUUCCCCCAAGAGCCUCAAGCUUCAAACAAAGGCUGACAGAGAUUGCACAAGACAAGAGCCUGAAUGUCAAGGAAGUUGACUUGCUUAGUAUCUGAAAAAGUCACCUUUCUUAUCAAAGCUUACGUCUCUUGUCUGUGACAUGAACACACAGGUCUUGUCAGUUGGCUUUUUGUUAUUUACCCUAGACAAUCAAUUUAAAGCAGAAAAAGGUUUAUUUUGUCUCACAGUUUCAGAGGUUUCUGUAUGUGGCUAGUUGGUCCCACUGCUUUUCACUGGUGGUAAGGUAGAAUAUCCUCACAUAGAGCAAAACAGGACAAAGCCACUCAUCUCAUGGUGGACAGGAAGCUGAAGAGAGGAAGAAGAGCAGCCUGAGUCCCAGGUUCUCCUUCAAGGAUACUCCCCCAAUGACCAGAAGCCCUCCAGCCCACAUCUCCCACCAGCACCAAGCCAGGGACUAAGCUUUGCGUAUAUGGGCCAUUGGGGGCCCAGAUCUAAACUAAAGCAGUGUUCUUUCAUCGCAAAAGCCUUCCAGCCAGUUCUGCCUGCCUCCUGGCCCUCUCCUCUCCAACUCAAGUGCCAUGAGACUCACAGCAUAACCCAGAAAAUUUCUCUUCCCAGCACAUCACCGGGCUUGGUCAGGGGUGCCAGGAAUGUGUGCGAAAUGAGGGUGCCAAGUAGGGGCACAAGAGCCCAUGGUUGUUACCCACAGCAAAGCAGAUAUACUGUGGCCUCCCAGGGCCCAGACGUCUGGCACCUGUAGCCAGCCAGGCAGCUACUGGAUGACACCAAAUGGAAAGAUCUUAGAGGUGCUUAUGGACAUACAAGGCCCUGAGGUGUCAGUGUUUUUACCAAGGCCAUCUGGUUCUCUGGUUGCCUCUGGCCACCCAAAAUACACAUUAGAAGCAAAAAUGACAGUUGCUGAAGGACCCUGAGAUCAGUAAGCACCACAGAGGACAUGAAGGCAUGUCUGAGUGUGGGACCACUCCAAAUGGGACAGAGCCCAUGGACGUCUUUACAGCUGCAGAACAUACCUGGAUGACAGCUGGAUACAGAACACUUGAUGCAGAGCAGUGGGAAAUGCCCCAUGGAGAAACUCCCUGCAGUUCCACAGGAAAGAGGCAGAGAGCACAGGUUUGGAGUUGUGCAGAAUAAACCUGGCAUCAAGUCAUGGCUCUGGCUUUGUGACUCUGACCCCCUGCCCAGCCCUCUGCACUGACCCUAUAGAAUAAGUGCUGGCUUCGACCUGCCCUUGUAAGGCACC